AUGGACAUGCCUCCGACGUCAGCAGAACAUUUCGGGGGCGGCUCUGGUGGCAGCCAGCUGGGUGCCCUCGUGUCCCGACGGCAUCCCGAGCUCCUCCGCUGCGACUGUGUGGAGGUGACCUGGCGUGGGAGGACGAGGAGGAGAGACCUCCUGCUUUUCCAAGACACCCUUGCUUUUGCCAAGCGCAGAUGUGGCACCAGGUUCUGGCUGCAGCACAGGGUGCGUCUGAGCGAGCUGUGGGUGCUGUGCCAGGAGGAGGCAGCGUGCGGGUGUGCACAAGAAGACGCAGCGUUGGGCCUGGACUGCAGCUGUACCCUCAUCCUCGUCUGGCCCACCAGCCUCUGCGGGGUCACUUUCGGCUCGCAAGAGGUGAAAGAACUCUGGCUGGACGCCAUCCUCAGAUCUCCGGUGACGAUGACUGCCCAGAUCAUCGAGACCGGUUCAGUGCCAGGCAAAAGAACCUCGCGAACGCCAGCAGACAGAACUGCUGCAGGACGGGAGGAGACCUCCGAGAAGUCGGCAGCUCGGGCGUUUGCUCAGCAGGUCUUUGCUGAGCCUGACCUGGUCCUGAACAACCUUUGUGAGAGCAACCGUUCUAAUGACCCCAUUGAGAGAGUUUCUUCCCUUUCCAGGCGAUCAGGGAGAUACAUUUCUUGUGGUGACAACCACGGCAUUGAGCCACAAAACCAAGAGCAGUACUUGAGUCAUCUGCGGCAGAAAGAAGUUACAGUACAGCAUUUGAAAACAAAGCUGAAGGAGUCUGAGAGCAAACUUCAGGAAAGGGAAACAGAAAUAGAAGAGCUCAAGGCUCAGCUGGCACGGAUGAAGGAAGACUGGGUUGAGGAAGAGUGUAAGCAUGUGGAGCUGGAGCUGCACUUCUGGGAAGCGAGAAGGGAAAGUCACGAACUUCAGCAGGCUGUUGAAAGCAUGAGAAACAGCUUGGCUGAGAAAGACAAAAAAAUUCAGAAAUGCUUCAUAGGCAUAAGCAUUGCAAACAAGAAACUGGAAGCUUUGGUGCAGGGCCUGGGCAUGGCUCAGAAGAGCUCUGUGAGAGAUGAGCAGUGCCUGGAGUCCCCGUGGGACUCAGAGGGGAAGCCGUUAGCGUUGUGUGCCACGAUGCCAGGCAGCCUCACCACGGAGGACCAAGCUCUGGAGGAGGUGGCAGGCAGUGGGCUGCUUCUUAAUGAGGACACCGCUAACGGGACUGACUCAUUUGAAGAGCAUUUGACCGCCACAACUUCUGGGUCGAGCGAUCCAGCUCCCUCCAGUUCUGCUGUGUAUCAAGAGAUGCUUGAAAAUGUUCUGGAUGAAAAACCAACUUCUUCUCAGGAGGAGGAGAAAAUCAGCAAGGUGAUGGUGGAACAGGCCAUCCCAACUGACCUGGUGCCAUGGAGCCUAGAUGUGGAGUAGCUCAUUCAGAACAUCUUCAGAGCUCGAGAUGCCUGCCCUCUAAUCCCACCUGCUUCACUGAAGGAAUCGGGUGAAAUUUCUCUUGGAAGCGUCCGUGAUUCUGCUCCCCUAGUGGACUUAACUCCAAGUGAUCCAAACUCUGCCGUCCUCUUGUCUCCUAUGGAGUCUCCAUGCAGGAAGGUGGAGCAUAAAGUUAAUAAAAACCGUUAUGUGAAAGAACUUGAUUUUGCAGAACCUCAUCAUGCUGAAGCUUUUGGCUAUGUCAAUACCCUUUCUCAGACAGCUUGA